GGGCCGGGCCUGGGGCCAGCUGAAGUCCAUCUGCAGCUCUUCACUUCUCCUCCACCUUUAAUAUGAUUGAUCAGCGAAUGGAAAGGCAGAGGAGCAACACGAGCGCGGAGAGAUCUUCACCUUUUAAAUUGAACCUCUCUUCCAUUUCUCUCCUGAUUGAAUUUAAACUCAUACGAGCUUGAUGUGAGCAAGGCAGGGGGGGAAACUACUACCACCACCACCACCACCACCAACAACAACAACAACAACAACAACAACAACAAUCACUUCUUUUUCCCUUUUCUCACCCUCACAGUGCACUUCUCCACUACAUCACCUUUAAAUUUUUUGUUGUUGGUUUUUUUUUGUAUGUGUGUUUUAAUUUUCUGGUACCUCCUUGGAUACUUUGGCUUACAGCACGGCUUCACCUGGGCACGUCUUUUCCUGAAGUCUCACCAAAACGACACCAAGAUUUUCUUCUGCCAACUUUAACGCACGUCAGGGCAAAAAAAAAAAAAAAAAAAAAAAAGAGAGAGAGAAAAAAAAUCCACCGACAGGGAAAACACACGGUUGUUUUUUCUCUAUCGCGUAAAGAAGCGUUAAAGUUACACAAUGAGUCUCAAAUCAGAUUCUGAGCCGAGCAACAGUGUAUCAUUAGAGGAGGAGGUACGAACACUUUUUGUCAGUGGUCUGCCGGUAGACAUCAAGCCACGGGAGUUGUACCUGCUGUUCAGGCCAUUCAAGGGAUAUGAAGGGUCACUUAUAAAACUAACCUCAAAGCAGCCUGUUGGCUUUGUUACCUUUGACAGCAGGUCCGGGGCCGAAGCAGCAAAAAACGCAUUAAACGGGAUACGCUUUGACCCAGAGAACCCCCAGACACUGCGUCUGGAGUUUGCUAAGGCGAACACCAAGAUGGCGAAGAGUAAGCUGAUGGGCACGCCAAACCCCUCAAGCCUGCACCCCGCUCUUGGGGCUCACUUUAUUGCACGUGAUCCAUAUGACCUGACUGGCGCAGCACUGAUCCCAGCAUCCCCAGAGGCGUGGACACCGUAUCCACUCUACACCACUGAGCUAACCCCUGGCCUGCCCCACGCAGCCUUCACCUACCCUGCAGCCGCUGCAGCCGCCGCUGCCCUGCACGCCCAGGUGAGGGAGCAACCGAUGCGCUGGUACCCUUCGCCCUCUGACACUUCACAGCCCGGAUGGAAAUCCCGCCAAUUCUGUUAAACGUGUAAUAGUGCUGCUCAGUACAGGUUCCUCCCUCCAUCCCUCCGUCCCUCUCAGUAAGGUGUACUGAGCUCAACAUCUAAUUCAGUCAGGUAUAUUUAACACAAAAAAAAAAGUGUAUAAAUGACUUUACGAUUCUGGAGAAUACUCUUCUCUGAAGGACCCUGAGCAUUAAAAACAGGAUGUUGUCUACAGCUGAGGCCUCAUGGGUUAAUGGUACAGUCUCCACUUUUCAAACCCGCAUGUGACGAGCCAAUCAUGUGCAAGUUGAAAUUUUCUAGCUGCUCUCUGUUUGGUGUGUGUGUGUGUGUGUGUGUGUGUGUGUGUUUCGGGGAAAGGGGAUAAUCAUUAUGCAUGUUGAAGUAGAGUAUACGGCAUGAAACGUAGAAUGCGAAGUUGUCGUCUGUUAUUUUGUUUUAUUUUUUCCCUCCUCUUGUUGAAAUUUGGUCAAGCCCUUUAGCUUUCUUGUUUCUGUGAAGAUCUUGUAUUUGACAUGUAUGAUGUUACUCGCAAGGUAGACGUCUACAUCUUGUUACUAUCAAGUCUCCUUGGUUUUUGUGUGAUAAAUGAAUUCCACAUGCACUGGGUUAGUUUUUUUUUUUCUUUCUUUCUUUCUUUCGUUUUUCCGUCUUCUCUAUUCUCUAUGAUCGUGACUGUAAAAUCGUCCAUGAUGGACGAAUCCUUCUGAGACGCUUCUCCUCGAGACCUCAAAUCCAUCGCCCCUGCUCUGGUAUCUGUGCGUGUUUAGAGUAUAUUUGAACAACAACAAAAAAAAAGUACAAGUAUUUUUGUACAUUUGUGUAAUAAUGGAUAUUUAUGCAUUUUUUUGUGAAAUUAAAUGAGUAUAUCUGUAUAAGAUGUUAAGUCUACCCUUCUGUUUUGAUGAUAUUUUGUCUCUUGUUUAAAGUAGAUAAGUGCAAUUUAUUUGUGUGUGUGUGUGUGUGUGUGUGUGUGUGUGUGUGUGUGUGUGUGAGUGUGAUGCUGAGUACCCAGAGUAUAAGGAAUGAAAUGGUCUGCUAACAUGAAAUGUUAAAAUGGAAAUAGUUUUUUUUUUUGUUUUGUUUUGUUUUAUUUUUGUUUUGUUUUUUCCAGAAUGUGAAACUGGAUAAUAAACAGCUUGAUCUGA